AUGUCUCUCACGAGUCUUGAACUCAACUACCUCAUAUGGAGGUAUCUCCAGGAAAGUGGGUACGACUUGGCCGCGUACGCCCUACAGCAGAGCUCUCAGUGCCUUGAAUACGAGCACGACAAGAACAAAAUCAUAGACUCGAUAGAGCCAGGCUGCUUGGUCAAUCUAGUACAGAAGGGGAUACUAUACACAUUUGUGGAAGACGCCGCAGAGAUGAAGAACGAGAAUAUAUCUCUUGUGAAUGCCAUAUUAAAAGAUUAUCAGAACCGUGAGAACAACCUGGAAAAGGACUCACUGCGAUUUACGCUAAAGAAAGAUGAGUCCAAUGGAUCCAAAGAUGUUGAUAUGGAUGGCGAAAAGAACAAGAAUGGCACAAACGAUGCACAAGAUCAACACGAAUCACAAGAAGAGGAGAAUGAGCCAGUUGUAAUUGAGUUCUCAACGAAGACCUUAACUCCAUUAACAAAUUUCUCCAGCUCUUUGGCGGCAGAGUACCAUCCGAUGACCUCAGUGCUAGCAUAUGGCUGCGACGACUCCACCGCCAAGAUACUAGCGCUAGAUAAUGGAAUCAUUGCGGAAGCAGUCACGCUAAAUAUACCUCCUCUCUUCACUGGAGAAAAUACUCCCACCCCCAACGAGAUAACAACGGUGCUGUGGUCGCCUCAGGGUACUAUGAUACUUACUGCUGGUACAAAUGGCGAGAUAAGAGCCUGGACCCCCGACGGGAAACUCAAAAAUAUUGUAAAUACUCCAGUGGAUGCGAACAAGGCCGCUGUGCCUCUACACUCUGUUCUAUGGAGUCCACUUGGUCAGUUUGUCCUUACAGUCGAUGUCUCUGGCACUGUUCGGAUAUGGGAUGGUGUGAAUCUUACGCCAAUACAAGAGCUUCGGGGCCAUGAAGGCACUACUCUAGUUCCAGAGGCAAGCUGGGUCAGCGAGAACAAGUUCGCUUUGGCGACGUUCAAAAACGCCAUCAAGAUAAAUUCAGUCAACCCGCAGGCACCAUUUGGUUCGCCGGAGUCUGUUGUCACCGUGGGCGUUGUCGCUGGUCACCUUCACCAUAUCUCCAACCUCACAUUCAACCCUGUGUCGAAGCUUCUCGCGUCGGCGUCAGACGUUGACUACGCAAUUAAAGUAUGGAACAGUCUGUCAUCACGCGACGCAUUGGAGCUCAAUAGCACCCAGGAAAAGGAGGAAGAAGUGAGUUAUCAUACGGCACCCAUAAUUGGGCUUCACUGGCUCACAGGACCACAGGAUGUUCAAGGUAACGAAUUGGUAUCUGUGUCCAUGGAGGGCGUAAUCAACAUAUGGGAUGCAUUCACUGGAGAAGUCAUCAAAAGCACUAAUAUUUUCAAGAGCCCAGACAGCUACCAGUUCGCCGAGGAGGCCCCCAUCGACACCAGUAAUCCACUAAUAUUCGCCAGCGCCCUCUCCCACGAUGCACGAUUCCUAGCGAUAGGUGAUGACACGGGAAACGUUACUAUCUGGGACGUAGUGGCGAAACGGUAUCGGGGCACCUCGUCAGGGCUACGAUGUCUUGGAAUCUACAUGUUCAAAGAGCAAGCCGACGCCGAGAACGUGGGCAUCUGUGAUCUUGCAUGGUCCAGUAAAGAUGAGCUCCUCACCGUCUGCUACAAAGGCAGCGAGAGUGUGGUGCUCCAGUGGAACGGGUACGAAUAG